AAACAAAUUGUUACAAUAUAUAUUACAUACAUAAAGUUUCUAAUUAGUGAUGGCUCUUAAGUACUUUGUAUUAAUCAUUGCCAUAUUGGCUGUGGUUACUUCAAUAAGCCAUGCAUCUGAUCCUAGUCCUUUACAAGACUUUUGUGUUGCUGUUAAUGACUCUAUGAAUGCUGUUUUCGUGAAUGGAAAAUUUUGCAAGAAUCCAAUGGAUGUCACUGCUGAUGACUUCUUCAGACCCGGACUGAACAUGGCCGGAAAUACUUCAAAUCAACUUGGAUCUGCUGUAACUGCAGUGAACGUCAAUAACUUGGCAGGACUCAACACUUUGGGCAUUUCUUUAGCUCGUAUUGAUUUUGCACCAUACGGUCUCAACCCACCUCAUACUCACCCUCGAGGAACUGAAGUUCUUGCCCUAUUUGAGGGUACACUCUACGUUGGAUUUGUCCUUUCGAACCCUGGUCCAAGUAUGAAGAAUAAGCUCUUUACCAAAAUCCUACAUCCCGGAGAUGUGUUUGUUUUCCCAGUAGGUCUCAUUCAUUUUCAAUUUAAUGUGGGAAAGACUAAUGCAGUUGCAUUUGCUGGACUUAGUAGCCAAAAUCCAGGAGUCAUCACUAUUGCGAAUGCAGUAUUUGGCUCAGAUCCACCAAUCAGUGAUGAUGUUCUUGCAAAAGCAUUCCAAAUUGACAAGAAAGUUGUCGAUUAUCUUCAAUCACAAUUCUGGUGGGACAACAACUAAAUUAAAUAAUACUUUGAUUUGGCGCUAUAUAUUAUGUGAGCUUAUGUUUUGAAUUUAAAAAAUCAUAAAUAAAUAUCAUGAUCUAGUCUUAUGGACUGGUUUCAUUGAUAUAUUUGUUAUUGGAUGUACUUAACGAGGAUUUCUUUUCUUUUAUAGUAAAAUUAUGUUUGCCGUUUAUUGU